AUGUCAUACCACAACGGAUACAACUCCAACCCACACUCACACUCUUCCACACCUGCACCUCAGGACCAAAAUGGUAAUUCAGCCGUUAAAGUUCAACCGCUAUUGUGUUCAGGUCAUACAAGACCGGUGACUCAUUUAUCCUUCUCCAAUCUGCUUGACGACGGCACAUACCUUUUAAUCUCAGCUUGUAAGGAUGGUAAUCCAAUGCUGAGGAGCUGGCUGGGAGAUUGGAUCGGAACUUUCUUAGGACAUAAGGGUGCAGUAUGGUCAUCCAAAAUAUCACUAGAUACCUCCAAAGCAGUCACUGGAAGUGCGGAUUUCACAGCGAAAAUAUGGGACUGCAACUCAGGAGAAGCACUGCACACUUUCGCACAUAAUCACAUCGUCAGAUCGGUGGCCUUGAAUCCUCAACAGACACCUCAAUACCUCUUGACUGGUGGGCACGAAAAGAAAAUCCGACUAUUUGAUCUCGGUCGACCUGAUGCUGAACCACUUGUUCUUGGCAGCAGACCUGACGGUUUAUCAUGUGAUGGCAUUGUAAGAAGUUUAGUUUGGGAUGAGGGUUCAGGUGGAACUAUGGGCGUCAGUGCUGCUGAGGAUGGACAAGUCAGAUGGUGGGAUCUACGAACACUCAGUCAAACAGCAUCACUUGAUCUCGGAGAGCCCAUCACAUCAAUGGAGUUAGCUCAUGGAGGCGGAACGUUGAGCGUCACCGCUGGGAAGAAGGUUCAUUUCUUGGAUAUAUUGAGGCAACACCCUCCAGUGACGGUCGAACUCCCUCAUGCACCUACUUCCGCAUCGCUUCAUCCUUUUGCCAGGGAUCGAUUUGUCACUGGUUCCACGAAUGAUCCUUGGGUGAGAGUGUAUGAUCUAGACUCUGGAAAGGAGAAAGAGGUGUACAAAGGACAUCAUGGACCUGUAUUAUGCGCUAGUUAUAGUCCUGAUGGAGAGGUUUAUGCUAGUGGAAGCGAAGACGGCACAAUACGACUUUGGCAGACCAAUCCUGGGAAAUCAUAUGGACUUUGGCAAACUCAGGAUUGA